CCGCCGCAUAACGAUAGAGGCGUCGAGAGUUGAGGUCCUCCCUGACGAUUAGACGUGUGUGUGAGAGUCUCCGGUUACCGUAGUACACAAGCGUUUUUUAACGAGGUAUAUAAAACAUAAUUCCGAGAAACACACAAGUGUCGUACAUAUUAGCAGAAGACACAAGGACAAAUUUCCAAGUCGAGUGCCGCACGUCGAUAAUCAUCUCUCUUUGAUUUAUAUAAAUUAAAAAUAUAAAAUAGCACAAUGAGCGACGACGAAUCACUACCUGCAGGUUGGGAAAAACGACUGAGCCGCUCAACUGGCCAGCAUUAUUAUCUGAAUAUUUACACCAAAGCGAGUCAAUGGGAGAAGCCAGACAAGCCAGCGGAUUCCGCUGGAGCUGGCAAUGGCAAAGCAACGGAGGAACCGGACGAGGUUCAAUGCUAUCACUUACUUGUUAAGCACUCUGGAUCCCGACGACCUUCAUCUUGGCGCGAGCAAACGAUCACCAGAUCUAAAUCUGAAGCAUUAGAAUUAGUUAAAUCGUACAGAGAACAAAUUGUUUCUGGAGAAGCAAGCUUUGGUGACUUGGCAUCCAAAUAUAGUGAUUGCAGUUCGGCUAAGCGUAAUGGUGAUUUAGGUCCUUUCAGUCGAGGAUCCAUGCAAAAACCAUUUGAGGAAGCAGCAUUUGCUCUGAAAGUGGGCGAGAUUUCUCAACCUGUUGAUACCGACAGUGGUGUGCACAUCAUUUACCGUGUUGCUUAAACUCAUUUGUCAACUGCUAUUUCUGCUCUAGAAUGACCAACAUUCAUUUGUAUUUGAAAGAAGUCAUCAGCUGCUUAGCGAGUAACUGAAAUUGAAGCAAAUUGAGCUCCUCUGAUGUGUAUAUUUUAUUAGGGAUACCAUUCCACUCAAUUUCGUAGCAUAAAGGUGAAAAUUACAAUUAUCAUUAAGAAUGGCAUUUGUCACUCAAUGUCAGGAUUGUUUUAUCAUGUUGUUCAGAUUUCUUAGAAACAUUGACCCAGCUGUUUAUUUAUCACUUUUUUAAUUUCAAAUAAAAAAAAUACUGUUUACAUAUCUUAA